AUGGCCCCUGGGCCGGACUUUACGGGGGGGAAUCGGUUCUCUUUGUUGGCCGAUUCACCCAAAGCGAAAAAGAAAAGAAAAGAACGUGAAAAAAUUACAUUCGAGUUCCCAGAUCUACCACAAACAUUCAAAGAAAAUCCUAAAUUUGUUGUUUUGGCUGCAGUUGACAGUGGAAAAAACUUAGCCCAAUACUCGUGCUUUUUAGUGCAUAAAGCAAUCCUCGCUAUAAGCAAGGAGAUCACAUCAAUCUCAGCGCUACGCGAUGGCACCAUUUUGCUACUGGUAAAAAACAAUACAAUCGCUCAACGUUUCUUAAAAACAACAACGUUACCCGGAGUAUGUAAAAUUGCUUGUAAACUUCACAACACCCUCAAUCACGUGAAAGGUACUGUUUAUGCACCCUGCCUCAACAAUGUGGACGAAGAAGAAAUCGUGUCUGAAUUAAGUUCACAAGGUGUAGUAGGAGCAUAUAAAUUUCAAAAAGUUUCCGAUGGGAAAGCUUACCCCUGUGGCGUGGUAUUGCUAACAUUCGAUCGAUACAACUUGCCCUCUAAAAUCGACAUAUGUUGGCACAAUGUAAAAGUUAGAGAAUACAUUCCGAAUCCCAUGCGAUGCAAAUCGUGUCAAAUUCUCGGGCAUACUGCUAAACAUUGCAAAAACUCACCCAGUUGUGUUAUAUGUAAUCUCCCACCACACUCACCAGAAAAAUGUACACGUGUCAGUUGUGCUAAUUGCCAAGAGCAACACCCAGCUUCAUCAAAAGAAUGUAAAAAAUUCCAACAGGAGAAGGAAAUAUUAAAAAUAAAAACAACCACAAAAUGUACGAUGCGAGAAGCCAGACGUCUCGCAACCAACUCAGUUCACAGCAACUCAGUUACUCCAACUUACUCGUCUAUCACCGCACAACAAACAAAUACACAAUCCGCACUCACACCCUCCGAACAAACAACAAAUAAUCAAUUGUCUCCAGAAAUUCAACAAAAUAACCAGACACCUUCCAACAACCAUGCUCUUCAUUCCAUCGAUUCUACAAAUACACAAUCAAUCAGCAACAAUACAAAUUAUACGGCUCUCCAAGGGAAAACACAGACAAAUAAUAAUUACAACAAUAAUGAAACUACACCUUUUUCACUCAACAAUCAAACAAAUUAUCUCAAUUUUCCAUCGCCAUCCGGAUUCACUCACGCAAGUACAAGAGUAAAUAAGCAAACAGAGGUACAGAACUAUAGCUGCUCAACUGAACAAAAUGCUCUCCCAACGACAUCAACAUCAUAUAAUUACUCCAACAACAUCAAUACCAACUUUUCAGAAGUAACGGACACCUAUGCACCUUUAACAACUCUACCAACUGAACUCCAACAUUUACCUCAAUUCUUGAGUCAAUUAAGCUCAAGUCAAUACGACGAAUUCGAAGAACAAAACAGCAGCUCACUUAAAUAA